AUGUUACCAUACGCCCUCUCACUGUUCAUGCUCGUAGCAACAGUCUUCGCCGACUGUACUACCCACAGCUUCACCCAUUGCGCCGACGGGAUUGUGCACUGGUACGAUCCAAAUACCGGCGAAGUAUGUGAUCCUCUCGAUUGCGGUGGUGGUCGAGCUCCGCCCAAGACUAAUGUACCUGGAUGCCCCCUCUACACCGGCACAGCAGUGCGCACAACCUCAUAUCUCUCCUGCUGGACGCCCCCACACGCUGUAUCUGCAACCAUUGCGUCGGUCUCUGCGACUUCUACAAUUGUUUUGACGUCUGCAACCUCAACGACUGCUUCCGUUUCAGCUUCCUCGGCCACAUUAACAGGCACGGUUUCUGUGUCUCCGACAGGUAGCUCGACAGACAGCUCGACUGGAGCCACGGCCAUCCUCGUCACGUCCUCUGAAGGCAGCACCUCCCUUCCUGCGACUACUCCUGCACCAUCUAUCCCUUCGCCUGUCGGCAAUAAUGAAACGAGCACAAGCGGUGCCGCCAUUCCAACAAAGACGACAGGUAGUAACGCGGGCAACAUCCUGGAUGGAUCUUUGAUGGCAGUUGCUGGAGCUGCCUUCGGUGCCAUUGUUCUCAUUUAG